ACUUCUCGGCGCUCCCGGAUUCCCAGCCCUGUGACAGCCCGUUGCCCCGGGGACGGCGCGGAGAGGUGGGAGGGACGGGCGCGCCGAGCCCAGCUGGACUCCUGAGGGGGUCCCACUCUCUUUUUUUCUUCCACUGGGAAGGAGGUCCACGAGGGUUCAGAGCAGAGGAGCCAAAAGGGGGCUGCGACCCAAGGAGGGACUGGGUAGGGCGACCUGGACCCCUCACUGUCCUCCCGGGGGCACGCAGCGACCCCUUCCACGCCCGCACCCGCCGGGUCCCCACGAGUCCGGGGCGGCGCGCGCGUGUCCCCUGCCGGGAAGCCCGGAUCCCGCGCGCCGCGCGCCAUGGAAGCAGCUAACCUCUCGGUGGCCGCCACCGGCGUCGCCCUUCCCCUGGGAUCCGAGGCCUGCAGCAUCGGCCCGAGCCCCGGCGGGGUCGUCGGGUCGACCCCGGGCGGUGCCGCCCUGCCGGGCCGCGAGCCGCCUUUCUCCGUCUUCACGGUGCUGGUGGUGACGCUGCUGGUGCUGCUGAUCGCGGCCACUUUCCUGUGGAACCUGCUGGUUCUGGUCACCAUCCUGCGCGUCCGCGCCUUCCAUCGUGUGCCGCAUAACUUGGUGGCCUCGACGGCCGUGUCGGACGUGCUGGUGGCGGCGCUGGUGAUGCCCCUGAGCCUGGUGAGCGAGCUGUCGGCCGGGCGGCGCUGGCGGCUGGGCCGGAGCCUGUGCCACGUGUGGAUCUCCUUCGACGUGCUCUGCUGCACCGCCAGCAUCUGGAACGUGGCGGCCAUCGCCCUGGACCGCUACUGGACCAUCACGCGCCACCUGCAGUACACGCUGCGCGCCCGCCGCCGCGCCUCGGCGCUCAUGAUCGCGCUCACCUGGGCGCUCUCGGCGCUCAUCGCCCUGGCGCCGCUGCUCUUCGGCUGGGGCGAGGCGUACGACGCGCGGCGCCAGCGCUGCCAGGUGAGCCAGGAGCCCUCCUACGCCGUCUUCUCCACCUGCGGCGCCUUCUACCUGCCGCUUGGCGUCGUGCUCUUCGUCUACUGGAGGAUCUACAAGGCGGCCAAGUUUCGCUUCGGCCGCCGCCGCCGCCGGGCCGUGCUGCCGCUGCCCGCCACCGUGCAGGUGAAGGAGGCCCCUCAGGAGGCUGAGAUGGUGUUCGCGGCGCGUCGCCCAGUGGUGGCCUUUCAGAUGAGCGGGGACUCGUGGCGGGAGCAGAAGGAGAAGCGGGCAGCCGUGAUGGUGGGCAUUCUCAUCGGCGUGUUUGUGCUGUGCUGGAUCCCCUUCUUCCUGGCGGAGCUCAUCAGCCCCCUCUGUGCCUGCAGCCUGCCCCCCAUCUGGAAAAGCAUAUUCUUGUGGCUUGGCUACUCCAAUUCUUUCUUUAACCCCCUGAUUUACACAGCAUUUAACAAGAACUACAACAACGCCUUGAAGAGCCUCUUCAGCAAGCAGAGAUAAACCCAGGGCUCGGGGAGACCUGCAGGUAGGGCCGUGGGCAGAGAACUGCUAUUUCUUUCCGCCCCAGGUAUCUGGGAGCCUGGCCCCACAGCAGAGUGCCGAUGACAUCAGAGCCGUACCACGGGGCCUGGACGGUAGGAGCAGCGGUGCCAAAGGCUCGCCGGGAAAGACAGCGCAUGCGUGGCAAGCGUGCAGCUACGCCCUCUUCCCGGGUGUGUGGCAGACAUUGCUAAUCGAUCGGGGCACGUUUCUCCACGGAGCGGGACCUCUGCCUCAGGAUCCUAAUCAGCGCUCUAGGUACUGCUAACUGGCUGGAAGGGACACAGGAGUCGAAGCUGACUUGCCUUUCCUUUAUUUAAUACCCUAUUCCUCCGAGGGGAUCCCUCGGCACAGAGCCCCAGGUGGCCUGUUUUGGGGCCCACUCAGGAGACUGUCUCCUUUGUGAAACAGCCCCCACCCCGUAUCCACCUGAUUCAACUUACCUUCCCCAAUAUCCAAGGCGGUGUAUCCCAACUGGGGAGAUGGGCAUCAUCUGAACGUUGGUUUUUUAUUAAAAAAAAAAAAAAAGUGUCUGGUGCAACCCAUUAUCUACUGAAUCAGACUUUCGGAGAAGUCUGAUAAUUAUAUUAUUGAGUUCUUUUUUCAUCAGUGAGAGACAGUGCUAGAUACUUAGAUUGUUCUUUAGACCAAUUAAAUUGGC